AUGACUUCUGAUUCUUGCGACAACAUUCAGAUGGAAAUUAGAAUACUACAGAAAAGAAAAAAAUUAUACUCGAUGACAUCAAGUUAUAUGUUUCGCCUAAAUUGUCUUGUAAUCUAUUUUGAGCUGCAGCCAGGAACACCUGGCAGACAAGGAGCAGCAAGGAUUAUCUCUGUCAAUCCUGGACCAAAAAACCAAAAAUCUCGUUGUUCAGGUGUGAAUAUUUUAUUACAAAUGCAGUUAGAACUUUGGCAUCAUUUUAGAAUACCCAUGAUUAUUGCAAUGAGAGGUUUGGCCUUUGAAUCCGCGUUAGCCAGCAGACGACCACUGCAUACCACAACACGUCCCAACCAACACAACACGAGAACUUGUGAUCGUGCUGGAGAUGCUGGCGAUCACGUGGUCGUUGUCCAGAGAGCCGAGUAUGGGAGGAUGAGUUUGGGCAGCUGCAUCAAUAGGAACUAUUACAUAGGAUCGUCAGGAUGUUUACGUGACGUGACGUCUAUAAUAAACGGCGCAUGCGCUCUUAAGGAAAGUUGUGAAGUGGCUGUACCCGGGUUCAAACUCGUGAGAAGGUCCAAAUGCCCCAAGGACCUUGUGGAGUACCUCAGAGUCACUUACUCCUGCAUUCAAGAGAUCUUCGAUAUCUCAAUGAUUUUAUCGCCCUAUCGGUCUCCGUGCUUAUUUGCUAUCUUUGGUUCGUGA